CUAUAAACAGUUCAAACGAGCUGAGUCACAUCACAGACGUGGGGAGGAGUUGACCGUCAACAGUAGAACCCUUACAGGAGCUGGAUUAGAGGGACCAUCAGUGUGGGGACAUAACCAGGAGCUUUGAGGUGACCAUCAUCGCAGUAUGAAGGUCCUACUGACCCUCACCAUCCUCUUGUCAGUUCCUGGUGAAAUCAGUGGCAAAGAAGAAAAAAAAGAAACUAUUAAACUAAUUGGCUUCUCUGGAGGGGGAGUCAUUGUCAAGUGCAGUUAUAAAGAUAAAUACAAACAAAAAGAGAAGUCCGUCUGUAAGGGUGAUGAUAGGAAGUGCAUGUUUAACAAAUUAUCCCGUGCCACAGAACAGCAGGUCACUCUACACGACACAAAUAACAACUACUUCUUAGUGCUGAUGACAAAACUCACACCACAGGAUUCAGGAAUGUAUCAAUGCUUAGUGGAGGAAGAUCAAGACAAGUACAUCAACACCCCAUUCAGUCUGGAGGUGAAACAAGAGCCGUGUUGUGGCCAUUCCAUCACAAAGACUGGUUAUGUGGGUGACAGUAUUGUCAUCACCUGCAAGUACCCUGACAACAAGAAAGGGAACAUCAAAUACUUCUACAAGCAACACAAUGUCACCAUCUUCAAUCUAGAAACUUCAACUGAUUCACAACACCAGAACCUUCCCAUCACUGAUGAUAGAGACUCAAAUGAAUUCAGUGUGACCCUCAGGAAGCUGACAAAGGCUGAUGCUGGAGUCUACUGGUGUGGAGUGGGAACUGGGGCAGACACUGGCAGCAGUAACCUGAUCAAUGAAGUUAAACUCAAUGUCUGUGAUCAGAAGGGUUCCAACUGUCAACCUCCAAGCAUCAUUACACCAUCUGCAAGGCCUCCUUCCACUCAGGUAUUACCUGACCAGACAUCUACACCACCAUUGGGCAGCAAUACCGUCACCGCAGUCUGUGUGACUCUAGCUGUGUUGGUAACCGGACUGGUCGGAGUUCUGCUCUAUGUGUGUAAAAACAGGAAGACACAGGGCAACACCACACCAACAGGUUACACCCAGAGGCCCCAGGCAGACACCAGCUGCUCCUCAGAUCCCGGACCAGCCUGCCCCAACUACGCCACAGUCACGUUCCAGAAGAAGCCAGAGAAAGUGAAGGAUGUCAGCUCUGCUGUCACGCCCGGAGAAGAAACCACCAGUGACUACGCUACCAUCCAACACCACUGAUAACCAUUCUCUCUCUCUCUCUCUCUCUCACUCUCUGUUUGUGUUUCUCUUCUUGUUACAUAGUCCUGGGUUUCUGGUUGCUUCCUGCUUUGGUCUGUGCGGUUUUGCUAUAGGUGGAGACUGGGCGUGGUCCUGUGAUUACUGGGACCGGCCUACACGGAUAAAAGCCACGCAGUUCCCAAGAUGGACGCUCGCUCUCGCCUCGCAAAAGAACAGACGCUGGCACACAACCUUUAUUAUAACCGAUAUACCGUUCCCUUGAACUCUCUGUUCUGACAAAUAUUCCGGGUAUUGUUUCUUGUGACGUGGGUGGUUAUUUUCGGCACUUUAUUAGUGGUAGUUAGUUAGGGUAGGUAAAUAAGUUGGACAUCGGAAGACUCACUUUUUGUUUUGCCUGUCUCGUGAAUUGUACGUCGGGCACGGGAGCCAGGCAAGUUCACACCACCAGCACAGUAAGCGUGAGGUUUUCUUUUUCCUUUUUUCCUGUCAGUCUUCUAACCACCUUGUUUGUCCGGGAUUUUGGGGCUUUCUUUGAUUGUAGUAAAUGUAUACUUUUGUAAACUAAACCCAACACUGUGGCUUCGUUUUGUUAGGGUCUCUGGUUUGGGGGGAUUCGUAACACUUCUUCAAAACAGUAUCUCUGUUCAUCCUUCUCUUUGUGCCCACCUCUCUUGCUCCUCUCUCUCUAUUUUGUCUCUUUGUUUGUUUUGCAGUUGAGCUAUUCAUACUUAAUGUGGAUUUGCUGGUGUGUGUCGCUUGAAGAAGAUAUUACUUAAUGACGUAUUAUGUUUGCCUGUAAAAUACAUGUCGUUUAUAUUUAGGGUACUCUUUCACUUGCUGUCACUGAUGUAACAAGUACAUUAGCAGGAUUGACGCAUACACUGUAAUGCCAUUUUUGUAUGGUAGAGGUCUCUAUCUGUUUGUUUAUUCUCUUCUCCACUUUCUGUCUGCUUCUCUCUGUUCCUUCUCCUCUCCUUCUCUCUGGUUUUGUCGAGUUAUAAUUAUGACCGCCACUGCACUGCAGUAGCAGUCAUUCAGUGUUUGUACAAUGUUUUUGUUGUUGUUUUUUUUCACCAAUUUUUGUGACGAUAUCACUUAGACCACCACUCCACAUGAAACGUGAUUGUAGCCCUGCAUGGCUGAUAGGAAUAUAAGGUUUGUGUCGUACAAAUCAGCUUGGACUCCGAUGACCGCUGUAAUGAACUAUUAUCAUGAUAGUGUGUAUACCCCUGAAACUUGACUGUGGCCCCACAUGGCUGAUAGGAAUAUAUGGUGUGUGUCUCUAGUGGGCGUGUCCCUUUGUGCUAGUGCCCCCUUUUGCUACUUGGGGCAGUUCACACAUUCUGAUUGGACCCCGAUGUCUGCUGCUUGAUUCUAUAUUUAAACGUAUUAUUAUGAUAGUGUAUACUACUGUCCUGUUAUAAAUGUAUUAUUAUGAUAGUGUAUACUACUGUCCUGUUAUAAAUGGCAAUAUUUGUAUGCCUAUAUGUUGCAUUUACUCUGCAUUUAGUAUUGUCUUCAAGCAUGUUCUUUUCUUCAGCUAUUAAUUCUACAUUUUAUAUAGACGUACAUAUUUUUGCAAACUUUGUGUGAAUAA